CCCGCUCCCUGCGCUCCGCCCGGCCCGCGCUGGCCCCGGCGAUGACCCCGUCCGGCCGCCACGAGGGCUCCUGGCUCCCGGCCGUGCCCGGCUGGCCCCGCCGCUUCCCGGCAGCGCCUGCCUCGCACGCCGGCGCAUGGCGGCCCUGCGCACCCUCCUGCUCCUCGGGCUGCUCCUUUCGGCGCGGGGGCAGAGGCGGCGGCCGCCCCCUCCCCAGAGUGCGCUGGAAAAAGUGGUGGCUCAGGAGGGGCUCAGCCUCCACCAGCUCUCAGGGAAGUGGUUCCUGGUCGGCAUAGCCUCCCACUGCAGCUACCUGGCAGAGCACAGCCACCAGCUGGAGGCCACGACAGUGACAUUGACCAUCCUGGAAGGGCAGAGCCUGGCCAUCAACACCUUCAGGAAGCUGGACAGGAUGUGCUGGGAAAUCAGGCAACACUACCUUUCCACCCAGGCCCCCGGACACUUUGUGCUGAAGGGCCAUAGGAAAAGCAGCAAAGUGGAUGUGGUAGUGGGUGAGGCUGACCCCAGCAGCUUCAUCAUCCUCUAUUACCAAAAGGGCCACAGCAUCUCUGUUAAGCUCUAUGGUCGGACCAGCCUGGUCAGUGACGCCGUCGUGGACAAGUUCGAGCAGCGUGUCAGGGCUGUGGGUCUGAGUGAGGAUGUGACCUACUACUUCCCCACCUAUGGGUUUUGUGACUCUACGGAUGAGUUUCACGUCCUCGAUGAAACAAAGCUGUAGGUGCAGAUGGAGUUUCCAGAGUGUCCCAGAGCUCAGCCCUCAUCUCAGCCAGCUGCCCACAGCCACACAGACCUGAGCCACAUUUUGUCAGCUCCACAGCUGCUCCACAGCUCUGGAGCCAGCCCUGGGCCUUCUCAGCCCUUCCAUCUGUGCUGGCAGCUGCAUCUGUCCUUGUUCUUUGCACCCCCCAGCUUGUGUCCCCCCUUUGCUCUGUGCCCCACUCUCCUGCAGGAGCCAGCAACACCCCAAUAAACACCUCAGAGAAGA